AUGUCUUCAGAUUUUAGUACCUCACAUAUUGCGCUCAGCAGUCUAGAGUCCUUCCAGCUGGGCUCCUCUCUCCUACCUCGUGUGUGGUCAGGACUUUGGCAGCUCUCGAGCAAUGCUUGGGGGACGGCACCGCUUCCUCGUAUUCGGGAAGCAAUGGCCAGACACGUAGGUAUAGGGUACACUGCAUUUGCGGACCACUAUGGUAGUGCAGAAAUCAUCUUUGGCCAAUUUCGGCGUUCGUUACCACCCGAUCAGCACGUAUUUGGUGCUACGAAAUGGUGUGUCUUCACCAACAUUGAGCUGUCCCAAGAAUUGGUAGAGGCUGCUGUUAAAGAAAGAAUGGAACGAAUGCAAACGGAAUGCAUUGACCUUUUGCAGUUCCAUUGGCAGGAUUAUUCGGAUAAAGGAUAUCUCAGAGCGCUUGAAAUACUUGAAGGUCUUCAAGCGGAUGGGUUGAUUUCUGCCCUAGGACUGUGCAACUUCGAUUCAAUUAGAACUGAUGAGAUCUGCACGCAACUUGGCCCGGGUGUUAUAUCGUCCAACCAAGUUCAGUUCUCACUAAUAGACACGCGUCCCCUCCAUGGUAUGGCCGAUGUUUGUGAGAAGCAUGGCAUUCGACUCCUAUGCUAUGGUGUUCUCUGUGGAGGCUUCUUAUCAGAUACUUGGCUAAACAAACCAAUGCCUGACCGUUACUCCAACAAAUUGACACCGUCCCAACGGAAGUAUCUAGAUAUCAUCGUUGGGGCGUGGGGUGACUGGCAAUUGUUUCAAGAUCUUCUCGGUGUGUUGAAGAACAUUGGCGACAGUUACGGAUUGAGCGUUUCCAAUAUCGCAACCCGUUGGGUCCUCGAUCAUUCCUUUGUAGGCGCAGUGAUUAUAGGUACACGACUAGGUAUCUCUGAGCAUCUUGACGAUAAUCGGCGAGUCAAUGAUUUCCGGCUCAAUGACAACGACAAGGCUGCGCUGGAGGUUGUACUAAAUCGUUCAAGCGGUCGUCACAUCAUAACUACAAUAGGUGACUGCGGUGCUGAAUACCGUUGA